AUGGGCACCGAGGCGCGCGCAGCGCCGGGGCCGGUGGACGGCGCCCCCCCUGCCCGGAAGGAUACCGGGACCUCGCUCUCGAAUGUGCUCUCAAGUUCGAAUGCCUCGCUGGCGACGAUCUCGUUCCAGCCUCGCUCUACGCCAUCGCUGCAGGCGCGGGUCGCCGAGGCGCCCGUCUUUGUGCCGCGCAGUGCCGGCGCGGGCCCGUCGGCGGGCAUGCGCGUGCAUACGCCGCCGGCGGACGUGCCGAGUCGUGUGCCGCCCGCGUCGGCGCCGGCGGGCGACGCGCCGUUCGUGCCGUACUACUCGUACGAGCGCGACGAGCGCGCCGUGCGGCAGCCGCUGCAGUACCACCUGUGUGCGCCGCCGCUCCCCCACGUCAGCAAUAUGCACCCCGCGCACAUCGCGACGAUGGCGUUCUUCAUGGACCCGACGCUGCACGAGGAGCUGCACCGCAAGCAGGAGGCGCUGUAUGCGACGGGCGCGCCGCCUGAGCCAGGCACCGCGACGCCGCUGCCGAGCGCGCUGCACGUGUACCACAGCCUCGUGCCGCUCGAGCGCGGCGACGCGCCGCCGCCGCACCCGCUCCUUGACCCGCGCUUCGCGCAUGGCUCGCAGCACGCGCUUACCGGCGCGUCGGGCGACCCGAGUCGCGUGUUCGGCUACCGCACGUACGCGUACAAGGCGACGUGUGCGCUCGACGGCAAGUGCUACGUGCUGCGCCGCCUCGAGGGCGUGCCGAUCGCGCAGCCGCAGGCGCUCGCGAGCGUCGAGCGCUGGCGCAAGAUCCGGCACCCCAGCCUCGUGGCGGUGCGCGAGGCGUUCACGACGCACGCGUUCGGCGACCACUCGCUCGUGUUUGUGUACGACUACCACCCCCUCGCUACGACGCUCUACAUGGAGCACAUGACCGUCAAGCCGCUGCAGCCGGACCGCCGCACCGGGCGCCUGCAGCCCGUGUCGGCGCAUGUGCCGGAGCGCGUGCUGUGGACGUAUGCGUGCCAGCUCGCGGGCCUCCUGCGCGACGUGCACGCCGCGGGCCUCGCGGCGCAGUGCCUCGAGCCGAGCAAGGUGCUGCGCACGGCGCACCACCGCGUGCGCCUCGGCGGCUGUGCGAUCUUCGAUGUCCUGCAGCACCACGCGCAGGCCCCGGCCGAUGCGCAGGCGGCGCUCGUGCAGCGGCAGCGCGACGAUCUGCGCGCGCUGGGGCGCCUGCUGCUGUGCACCGCAUGCAACAACGUCGCGGCCGCGCACACCGAGGACGCGAGCCUCGCGACGGUGCGCGGCAAGUACAGCGCCGAGUGGCACCUCUUCCUCGAGCAGCUGCUCGCGCCCGAGGCGCUCGCGAGCGCGGACGCCGUGCUGCACGCGCUGGCGCCGCACCUCGCGGAGGCGCUUGGCGCGUCGUUCCACUACUCGGACCUCCUGGAGGCCGCCCUCAUGCGCGAGCUCGAGAACGGGCGCUUGGUGCGCCUGCUGUGCAAGCUGAACGCCAUCCACGAGCGCCCCGAGUGGGAGGGCGACGCGCAGUGGGCCGAGACGGGCGAGCGCUACGUGCUCCGGCUGUUCCGCGACCUGGUGUUCCACGCGGUCGACGAGCACGGCCGCCCCGCGCUCGAUCUCAGCCACACGCUCGUGCACCUCAACAAGCUCGAUGCGGGCGCCGACGAGAAGAUCAUGCUUACGAGCCGCGACGAGCGGAACUGCGUCGUGGUCAGCUACGCGGACCUCAAGAAGCAGGUGGAGGCCGUGUGGGCCGAGCUCCGACAGGGACCCCGUCAGCCAUAG